AUGGACACAAUGCAAGACAGUAAGCUUGCUUUUGGGUUUUCUGACACCAUUGACAUCCGAUCUUCACUCUCAAAUCUCAUCUUAACAAGCAACACAAACACCUUGGACUCAAUUUUCUCUCAUUGCCCACAAACACUCUCCACCACCACCACCACCACCACCAGCAACAACAGCUCUGUUUCUGAGCCACUGGGUUCAUCAGUUUACCUUCGCCAGAGAGACCUUCUCCAGAAGUUCUGCGACGAAAGCCAGGCAAACGCCGCGGUUUCACGCUUUUUUCAGAAGAACCCAGUUCAGAGCUCUGCUUGUUCUUCAACCUCUUACAUGGCUCCAUGCAAGAAGAAGCUCUACAGGGGAGUGAGACAGAGGCAUUGGGGCAAAUGGGUCGCUGAGAUCAGGCUCCCUCAGAACAGAAUGAGGGUCUGGCUUGGCACAUAUGACACCGCCGAAGCUGCCGCAUAUGCUUACGAUCGGGCGGCGUAUAAGCUUCGAGGAGAGUAUGCAAGGUUGAAUUUUCCCAAUCUUAAGGACCCAAGUAAGAUGGGUUUUGGAGAUUGCGCUAGAUUGAACGCUGUGAAGACCUCCGUGGAUGCAAAGAUUCAAGCGAUUUGCCAGAAGGUGAAGAGAGAAAGAGCCAAGAAGAAUGCGAAGAAGAGCAGUAAUUCCAGUGAGAAUGAGAAGGCUGUGAUGAAGGUGGAUUCGUCGCCGUCUUCGUCGUGGCCUUCGGGUUUUGGCGACGGUUCUGGUCAAGAAUUGGUGUCUUUAACACCAACACCAACAGUUUCUGAAGAUGGGCUUUGGAGGUGUGAGAAUUCACCACCCUCUAUUUCAACAGAGUGGUCAAUGGGGAUGGCAGAGGACUUAGAAUUUGAAGGCUGCUCACUUGCAAGAAUGCCUUCCUAUGAUCCUGAGUUGAUUUGGGAAGUUCUGGCUAAUUAG